AACAUAAAUCAAGUUUCUUCUUUCUUUACAAUCAGUUAUAGCAAAUGGGUUCCAAGACAAUUCUUCUACUUGGCCUUCUGGCUAUGAUUCUUCUGAUUGCAUCAGAAGUGUCAGCCCGGGAAUUGUCUCAAACAUCCACAGUUCCACCGAUAAGGAGGCUGAGAAGACAAAUGGGGUUGAAGAAUCCAAGUAUCAAGGAGGCCGAUAUGGAGGAUACCCUGGUGGCGGUUACCCCGGUGGUGGAUAUGGAGGAAACCGAGGAGGAUACCCUGGUGGCGGUUCCCCUGGUGGUGGAUAUGGAGGAAACCGUGGAGGUCGUGGUGGCGGAGGAGGCUACUGCCGCUAUGGCUGCUGUGGCCAGAGCUAUUACCGAGGGGGUUGCAGGUGCUGUACAUUUGCUGGUGAGGCAGUGGAUGCUGAACCUGAAGCAAAGCCUCACAACUAAUUCCCACCUCAGAAAUUCUGUGUUUUUUAAACGUUGUUGUAUCUUACGUAUGAAUAGGAGGCUGGGUGAUGUACAAUAUCCAUUUAUUGUGGAUGGUUUGUACUUUGUACCAGUUAUGCAGGCACAGUCCUGAACCGAGGCCAAUAAAGUCUGUGCCUCAGGCCCAAGAUCAUAGGAGGCCUAAUUUUGGCCCAAUAAUAAUUUUUUAUUAUUAUUAUUAUUAA